GAGGCAUUUCCGUUUCAGCAGGGCGCGGAGGGCAGCAGCAGCUAUGGGUAUCGAUCUGGUCGCCGGAGGUAAGAGCAAGAAGACUAAACGAACAGCCCCAAAAUCCGAUGAUAUCUACCUCAAGCUCCUUGUCAAGUUGUACCGGUUUCUUGUGCGGAGGACUGGAAGCAAGUUCAAUGCGGUUAUUUUGAAGCGGCUCUUCAUGAGCAAGAUCAACAAGCCCGCACUCUCUCUCUCCCGCUUGAUUCGCUUCAUGCAGGGAAAGGGGGAUAAAAUUGCCGUGGUUGUUGGGACCGUUACUGAUGAUAUUCGGGUGUAUGAAGUCCCUGCUCUGAAGGUCACCGCUCUCAGGUUUACGGAGACAGCAAGGGCCAGGAUUGAGAAGGCUGGUGGAGAAUGCUUGACUUUUGAUCAGCUGGCUCUUAGAGCUCCUCUUGGUCAGAACACGGUGCUCCUUAGAGGUCCUAAGAAUGCCCGUGAAGCAGUCAAACACUUUGGUAAGGCUCCUGGUGUGCCACACAGCCACACUAAGCCCUAUGUGCGAUCGAAGGGAAGGAAAUUUGAGAAGGCUAGAGGACGAAGGAAGAGCAGAGGCUUCAGGGUUUGAGUUGUCGACAGUUCUUAGUUCUUACAAGGCAGACAUAUCUAUUAAAUUCUGUUUUAAGUUUUUCUUCUUCAGUUGGUGAUGAUCCUGUCUCAGUUAUGUUUUUUCCUCUUUUUCCAUCCCUUUUGUUGAACACUAUGGUUAUGUGUAGCAGUGGUAUUUUCCAGGGGCAUUUUUUCCCUCGGGAUUAUCUGGUUGUCAGAACUUGAGAUUACAUUUCUAUGAAGGAUGAGGGCAUACUUUUGACUUUUGAAUGCACUUUGGUUCCAUUUUUGAACUUGAUAUAUUGUUGCC